UUGAGCUGGAGGUUUGAUUAGAGCUCUUAACUAACUACACUUUAUUGCACUUUUACGUCUCGGUUAUGUAGUUUUAUACAGAUAUUGCGAGUCAGCAUCGUCGUUUUAAGUUAUCAAAGUGUAACUGCUUAUCGUUUGACAUCUAAAAGUUGGCAAAUCAACGAAUUUUGCGCGAUAACGUGCGUUUCUUAAGAAAAAUCUCCACAAGAUCGAAAAGUAUUUUUAAUAUCUUGAAAUUAAGACGUCAUGUCACCUGUGGAUGUAUGGGUGGGCUCUUGGAGGCCCCAUAAGCCAAGAGGCCCCAUUGCUGCGAUGUAUAACAGCCCAGGGCCAACAUAUGCUCUGCCAGGGGCAACUGGAAUGAAUAAUCAUGACCCACGUAUGCAGAAGGGCCCAGCGUUUAGCUUCGGCAUACGUCAUCACAGCUUUCACGGCAACUAUUCUCCAGGACCCGGAUACCUCGUUCCCUCCAACAUCACCAGGGUGGGUCGGGACGGGACCCCUGCGUACUCUGUCUAUGGCCGACGCAAAGAUAUCCAGCCCUUCCAGACCCCUGGCCCAGGCAGUUACUCCCCUGAAAAUGCAACAAAGACCACCUAUCUGUCGCCCCCUGCGUUCUCCUUAUCUGCAAGGACAAAGUUGUUCCGUAAUGACCAAACACCAGGUCCAGCUGCGUACAUGCUUCCCCCAGUUUUAGGACCAAAAGUUGUCAAUAAAACAUCUGCCCCAAACGUCUCCUUCAGCGGUCGUAGUGCAAUCGGCAGUUUCCAUGAAGAUCUACGAAAGACUCCAGGCCCAGGGACGUACCAAGUGGUGGAUCCAUGUGUGUACAAACUUAAAGGCCCUCAGUACAGUAUGACAGGUCGUAACAUGAUGCCUGGAGACAUGACCAAGAAACCAGGACCUGGAGCCCACUAUCCAGAAAUGGUUUGCUUCACAAGAGCCAAAGCUCCCAGCUUCUCCUUUGGAAUUCGUCACUCUGAGUACAUCGCUCCCGCAAUUGUGGAUGGUGAAGAUUAAACAGGUCAUUUCUAAAUAAAUUCUGUCACCAAAGCUACAGUCAUAUCAAGUCCUAAUAUUGCUAGUCAUGGUGUUAUAGUCAAAAUCUUGCUCAAAGAUGCGAUAAUUGUGCUGCUGCCACAAUAUGAGUUGAGCUGCUUCAUCACUACUUCAGUCUAUUAUACUUCAGAAAUUAUUUUAGUCUCAAAAUCAAAAUGUAUAUUUUGUUAGCGCACAUUCUUAGCUUUAAGGUAAAUAAUUAAUUUGUGCAAGUUGAGCCACUCCAAAUUUUUUUUUUAAUCUUUAAUCAAAAUCUAACCAAUGGCAGUCCUCGUCUGAUGAUGUCAGUUUGACGGCUUGGCUGAAAUAUGCUUAGCCAUGCCCCUCCAACUGUUCUUGUGUUGCAAGAGAAAGAUGGGAGGAGGAGUGCAAAAAUGAAACUCCACACCCUACUCAAUAUUCAGUUUAAUUUGGACAUACAUCAUCAUACUAAAAUAAACAGCCUGCCGCAACUUCCAGUUGACAGACUUUAAUAUGCUGAUUUGAUGCUUAAAAAAUAGUUAAAAGUUUUGAAAUUAGCUGUAUCCACACUACUGGAACCAACUGUGAGAAUGAAUCC